GUGGUUUGGUUGAGAUUGUGCUCAGUGAUUUUGCUGUGUGAAGGAUGUGUUUCAAGGAAUGGCCAGGAUACUUUAUUAUCUGACUUCCAGAUCGAUCAGAUGCAGGACAUGUUUCAUACAACAUGCUAAUGUAGUAUAUUGUGCACCGUUUCAGUCAUAUGUUCUGCCAGAUUACAUGCGAUUAAGAUAUUCUCACCAUGGAACUCAGUGAUGCCAAUCUGCAGGCUUUAACCGAAUAUCUGAAGAAAACGCUUGAUCCAGAUCCUGCUGUAAGGCGCCCAGCUGAGAAGUAUCUGGAGUCAGUUGAAGGUAAUCAGAACUACCCGUUACUUCUGCUAACACUCAUAGGAAGCUCCCAAGAUAAUGUCAUCAAAGUCUGCUCUUCUGUAACUUUCAAAAACUACAUCAAAAGGAACUGGAGAAUUAUUGAAGAUGAGCCAAAUAAAAUUUGUGACCCUGACAGAGUCGCCAUCAAAGCAAACAUUAUAAACUUAAUGCUCAGCAGCCCAGAGCAGAUACAGAAACAGUUAAGCGAUGCCAUUAGUAUCAUAGGACGGGAAGAUUUCCCACAGAAAUGGCCAGAUCUACUGACAGAAAUGGUGAACCGGUUCCAGAGCGGAGACUUUCAUGUAAUAAAUGGCGUCCUGCACACGGCCCACUCGCUGUUUAAGAGAUAUCGGCACGAGUUUAAGUCCACUGAACUGUGGAUGGAAAUUAAGCUUGUCCUUGAUACGUUUGCUGCACCGCUGACCAGUCUCUUUACGGCGACCAUUGAGCUCUGCAACACCCAUGCCAACGAUGUCAGUGCUUUGAAGGUUCUCUUUUCCUCCUUGAUUCUCAUAGCGAAACUCUUCCACAGUUUAAACUUCCAGGAUCUCCCAGAAUAUUUUGAAGACAAUAUGGAAACAUGGAUGACGAAUUUUCACAACCUGUUAACUCUGGAUAAUAAGCUGUUACAAACAGAUGAUGAGGAAGAGGCAGGGCUGCUUGAGCUGCUCAAAUCCCAAAUCUGUGACAACGCAGCCUUAUAUGCACAGAAAUAUGAUGAAGAAUUUCAGCCUUACUUGCCCCGGUUUGUUACCGCCAUCUGGAAUCUGCUGGUCACAACGGGACAAGAGGUGAAAUAUGAUUUGCUUGUAAGUAACGCCAUCCAAUUUCUUGCGUCGGUCUGUGAGAGGCCCCACUAUAAGAAUCUGUUUGAGGACCCGAACACUCUGACCAGUAUUUGUGAAAAAGUCAUUGUUCCCAACAUGGAAUUUAGAGCUGCUGAUGAAGAAGCUUUUGAAGAUAAUUCCGAGGAGUAUAUUCGAAGAGAUUUGGAGGGGUCAGACAUUGACACAAGACGCCGGGCAGCCUGUGAUCUAGUGCGUGGUUUGUGCAAGUUUUUUGAGGCCCCUGUAACCAACAUCUUCUCCGGUUAUGUGAGCUCCAUGCUCCAGGAGUACGCCAAAAACCCCUCAAUAAACUGGAAGCACAAGGAUGCUGCAAUUUUUCUGGUCACCUCCUUGGCCUCCAAGGCUCAGACGCAAAAGCAUGGGAUAACACAGGCUAAUGAACUGGUCAAUCUCACAGAAUUUUUUGUCAACCACAUCCUUCCAGAUUUAAAGUCCCCAAACGUGAACGAGUAUCCGGUUCUAAAGGCAGACGGGAUGAAGUAUGUUAUGUUCUUCAGAAGUCAAAUUCCUAAGGAGCAUGUUCUGUCUGCAGUUCCUCUGCUAAUCGGCCAUCUCCAAGCGGAGAGCAUUGUUGUUCACACUUAUGCUGCCCACGCCCUGGAGCGACUGUUCACCAUGAGAGGAGGGGCGGCCAACACGACUCUUAUCACCGUGGCAGAAAUGUUGCCUUAUGUAGAAGUCCUGCUGGCUAACUUGUUCAAAGCUCUCUCCUUACCGGGCUCGUCAGAAAACGAAUACAUUAUGAAAGCCAUUAUGAGAAGCUUUUCACUCCUCCAAGAGGCGAUAAUUCCGUAUAUUCCCAGCGUGAUAAGUCAGCUGACACAGAAGUUGCUCUCCGUUAGCAAGAACCCAAGCAAACCUCACUUCAAUCACUACUUGUUUGAGUCGAUUUGUCUGUCUGUCCGGAUCACAUGCAAAGCAAACCCUGCGACCGUGGGGAGUUUCGAGCAGGCGUUGUUCAUUGUUUUUACGGAGAUUUUGCAGAAUGACGUGCAGGAGUUUAUUCCGUAUGUGUUUCAAGUCAUGUCGUUACUGCUGGAAAUGCACAAGAAUGAGAUCCCAGACUCGUACAUGGCACUGUUCCCCCACCUUCUGCAGCCCAUAUUGUGGGAGCGGACCGGUAAUAUCCCCCCUCUGGUCAGACUGUUACAAGCUUACCUGGAAAGAGGCGCAAGUACGAUAGCCACUAAUGCAGCGGAUAAAAUCCCCGGUUUACUUGGUGUUUUCCAAAAGCUGAUUGCAUCGAGAGCGAAUGACCAUCAGGGAUUUUAUUUGCUGAAUAGCAUCAUUGAACAUUUGCCAGUGGAAUGCGUUGACCAGUACAAGCGGCAGAUAUUCAUCGUGCUCUUCCAGAGGCUGCAAAAUUCCAAAACCACCAAGUUCGUGAAAAGCUUUUUAGUGUUUUUAAAUCUUUAUUGCGUAAAGUAUGGGGCCAUCGCUCUGCAGGAGAUGUUUGACAGCAUUCAGCCAAAAAUGUUCGGAAUGGUUGUGGAAAAAAUUAUUAUUCCCGAAAUCCAGAAAGUUUCAGGUCCAAUUGAGAAGAAAAUAUGUGCAGUUGGAAUUACAAAAAUCCUAACAGAGUGUCCGCCUAUGAUGGACACGGAAUACACCAAACUCUGGACGCCACUGUUACAGUCACUUAUUGGUCUUUUUGAACUUCCGGAAGAUGACACUAUUCCAGAUGAUGAGCACUUCAUAGACAUCGAAGACACUCCUGGCUACCAGACUGCUUUCUCUCAGUUGGCUUUUGCUGGCAAAAAGGAACAUGACCCUAUUGGGGAAAUGGUCAAUAACCCCAAGGUGUUGUUGGCGCAGUCUCUCCACAAGUUGUCUACGGCUUGUCCUGGCAGGGUCUCCUCGAUGAUAAGCACAAGUCUGAACGCGGAGGCACUUCAGUUUCUCCAAGGAUAUCUACAAGUUGCAAGCGUGUCUUUGGUUUGAGUUUGCACCUUAAGUGAAAGCGCGAACACCCAACACUUCAGUAUAAAGUGCCGCUACAUAGCACACUGGGUUUGUUCUUGAAUCUUGCAUGGUAAAAGUGUAGCCUGCCUUGGACUGUAACAUAAGGUCUAAGCAGCAUUCUUGUUGUAUUUGGCUUACAGCUCUAACCGGGAUUUGUACGGAAUUCUAGUAAUCACUACAGAAAUCCUCAAAUUCUGUUUCCAUCUGAACUAAGAGAUAAGGUUUGUUAAUCAUGUCCGAGGCGCCCUCUGAUGUGAAGAGUGGAUUUCAAUCUUUUCACCAAUAUUCUCUUCCAAGGAAACGGCAGUUAAUUUAUUCCUCCUGCAGGGUCUAGGGAACCCUUUCCAAUAAAGGCACACGUCAUUC